AUGAUUAGAUAUACCAGCAAAUUAUUUAAUUCAAACAGUAUUAGAUCAUUCACCACUAAUAACAAUAGUAAAAUAGGCCAAAUUAUUGGCAGUAUUGGUGUUGGUAAAUUAAACCAUGUUGCUAUUGCUGUACCAAAUUUAAAAGAAUCUAUGGAUUUAUAUAGAAAUGUUUUGGGUGCUGAUGUCAGUGAACCAGCUGAUCAAAUUGAACAUGGUGUUACAACUGUUUUUGUUGGUUUAGAAAAUACUAAAAUAGAAUUACUCUAUCCACUUGGUGAUAAAUCACCAAUCGAAAAGUUUUUACAAAAGAAUCCAGCAGGUGGUAUUCAUCAUAUUUGUCUUGAAGUAGACGAUAUUUAUAAAGCUGUCGAUACUCUCUUAAAAGAAAAUGUUAAAAUUAUUGACCCAAAACCAAAGAUUGGUGCCCAUGGUAAACCAGUUGUUUUCCUUCAUCCAAAAUCAAUGAACGGUGUUUUAGUCGAAUUGGAACAAAAGUAA